AUCGGAAUCGUAAAAUUAAAUUAGCCCCUGAACAAUGGUCAACAGAUGCUAAAGAUAGUUUUGAUGUUAUUAUAAGUUGCGAAGAGCGAUGUUAUGAUGUCAUCUGUGAAGAUAUGACAGAGAGGGGAGGAUUGCGAAAUAAGCCAGCACAUGUUAUUAACAUCGAUAUAAAAGAUAAUCAUGAAGAUGCUAUGCUUGGUGGACGAGCUAUAUUGCAGCUUGUACAGAUGAUUGAUAAUGAACGUGUUACCGAUCUAGAUGAAGAGAUGCCAAACAUUCUUCAAGAAUGGCAACAAAAAUAUAAAUAUGAUAUACUCCAUU